AUGAGCUACUCAUCAGGCUUUUAUAGUACUGGUUCAAGCCUUGGGGGUGGAAUGGGAGGUGGCUAUGGAGGUGGCUAUGGUGGCUCAGUCAACAAUACAAGUCUACAAGGACUAUCAACAAUCAAACCGAUUAGACCUUCAUUCAAAACAUCAGAGGGUCACUAUAAGUUGAUCAAGGAGAUCUCACCACAGGCACAGAAGUACUCUAAACGAUUGCUCACUCGCUCAUUCGUUAAGUUGUCCAUGUUCUCAAACAGUGUAUCAUCGCAUCAAAGUGCUACUACACCUGCAGGUGGCAGCGGCAGUGGCAGUGGCAAAGCCAAACAAAAGAAUAUCAUUCAUCCACCAUCAUAUAAUAGCAACAACGAGAUAUACUUUGCUCUGAUCACUGGUGUCACCUACUUCUUGUAUCACUUUGUCAACGUCGAUAAGACAGAGCAUGAGGAGAGGGUCGUCAGCUCGAUCGAUCGCAACCUCACCUGCGUCAGGUUCAACCGCGUCAAGAGCACCAAUCACAAGAUGCAUCUGAUCAUUGGUACCGACUGUGGCGAGCUCCAUUACAUUGAGCAGGGCGAGCCACCCUCAAUAGUGUUCAACCGCGGUGGUCGUCUUGUAGCGCACUGCGUCACAGCCGUCGAAUGGGUACCAGGCAGCUGCACACAGUUCAUCGCAUGCUUUGCCAAUGGCACCAUCCUCGUCUUUGACAUUACACGUCCCGAGAUGACGCCCGGCGUCGCAAUGACCAACGAAUAUGCAUCACAGAGGAGCAAAAUGAACCCUGUUGGCGAGCUGUUCGUUUCAAAGAAGUCGAUCAAUGGUGUGGCCUUCUCGCCCAACGGAAGAUAUCUAGCUGUGGCCGCACUGGAUGGUCUACUAUCUGUGUUUGACUUUGAUGCCAAACAGUUGGUAGUGGCAUUCAAGAGUUACUUUGGUGGCUUCCUCUGUGUGGACUGGAGCCCUGAUGGAAAGUACUUGGCGAGCGGAGGCGAGGACGACUUUCUCAGCAUAUGGUCUUUCGAAGAACGUUGCUUGGUGGCGCGAGGACAAGGACAUCAAUCAUGGGUGAGCAGUGUACGCUUUGAUCCCGAUGUCAUACUGGAUGAGGAGGGUCUCAAGACACAGACAAACUCUCCUCUAUUACAACCAAUCAACAAGCAGCCAGCAGCUUCAUUAUUCUACCGUAUUGUCACUGGAGGCGAAGACACCAGACUGUUGUUGUGGGACUUUACCCGCGACUCUUUGAGGAAGCCCAGAAACCUCCAGACGUCCAAGCCAGUCGAUGGCUUGGAUCAAUCUACCACCAACGCGGUGCCCGCUCCCUCUAUGGAUGCGUCAAACCCACUCAUUGUCAAUGCGCCCUCACGACUACAUGCACCCAUCCUGUUGCCAGUCGUCUCGCAUCGUGUCCAUCCCGAUCCAGUCACCGACAUUAUGCUCACCAAGGAGUGGAUAGUCACCGCCACAAACAAGAAGAUAUGCAUAUGGGCCAGACCAAACACUGUCGCCAAUACACAAAAGGCAGACUCAAUGAUGUGCUCCCCAAAUACUCCUUCCUCCUUCACAGCCAUGAACAUGAAGUUCCAUGAGUAG